UGGAGGUUCAUUAUGAUGGAGAAUGGGGAACCGUGUGUGAUGAUUACUGGGCUUUGACAAACACUGCAGUGGUGUGUAGAGAGCUGGGCUGUGAUGAAACUUCAAACACAAUGCGUUCUGCUCACUUUGGACCAGGAUCAGGAAAAAUCUGGAUGGAUGAUGUGAGAUGUAGUGGAUCUGAGUCUUCAAUAUUUAAUUGCUCAAAAAGAGAAAUGGGUGACCAUUACUGUGAGCAUAGUGAAGAUGUUGGUAUUAUCUGCUCAGGCAUCAGGCUUGUUGGAGGUUCUCGCUGCUCUGGGAGGUUAGAGGUGCCUCAUGGGAACACGUGGUACACAGUGUGUGCCGCUGCCUUUGACCAGCAGGAUGCAGAGGUUGUGUGUAGAGAGCUGGACUGUGGGGCUCCUGUACAGGUGCUGGGAGCAGCUGCUUUUGACAAAGGAGACGCUCAGAUGUGGACACAAGAGAUCCAGUGCAGAGGAAAUGAGUCUCAGUUUGCUCUUUGUCCAGCUUCACCUUCACAAUUUUGUUCCCAUGAGAACGAUGUAAGCAUUGUAUGUGCUGAAACAGUGAGAUUAGUGGGUGCUAACAGUCGCUGUGCUGGUAGAGUGGAGGUUCUUCAUGAUGGUGAGUGGGGAACAGUGGGUGAUGUGCGCUGGGAUUUGCCUGAUGCUGCAGUGGUGUGUAAAGAACUUGGCUGUGGAGAGGCUUUAACUGCACCAAAGGGUGCUCACUUUGGUGAAGGAUCAGCAGAGAUUUGGAUUAUGGAUUUACAGUGUACUGGAUCAGAGUUGACACUGACAAACUGUAGAUUCAAUGGAUGGGGAGUAAAAGCUAAUCAUACUGAAGAUGCUGGAAUCAUCUGCUCUGGAGUCCGGGUGGUUGGAGGAUCUCGCUGUUCUGGCAGAGUAGAAGUGCCUCAUAAUCACACGUGGAUGUCAGUGUGUGAUGCUGUCUUUGACCAGCAGGAUGCAGAGGUUGUGUGUAGAGAUCUGGACUGUGGGGCUCCUGUACAGGUGCUGGGAGCAGCUGCUUUUGACAAAGGAGACACUCAGAUGUGGACACAAGAGAUUCAGUGUAGAGGAAAUGAAUCCUAUAUAUCUUUGUGUCCAACAUCAUCUUCUCUCAAACCAAACUGCACCCAUGAGAAUGCUAUUGGACUGUUAUGUUCUGGUUACACUGAUCUCAGGCUGGUAAAUGGUCCUGACGUCUGUUCUGGUCGAAUCGAACAUCAGUACUUAAGUAAAUGGGGCACAGUGUGUGAUGCAUGCUGGGAUAUGAGAGCUGCCAGUGUCCUCUGUAGACAGCUGAAUUGUGGGAUUGCUGUGUCUGUUGUGGGAUCAGACUGGUUUGGAGAGGGAAAUGAUGAAAUCUGGGCUGAUGUGUUUGAUUGUGAUGGGAAUGAAACAAAACUCUCAGAAUGUUCCAUCUCUUCAUGGAGUCGAGCUGAAUGUUCUCAUAGACGAGAUGUUGGAGUCAUCUGCUCUGAUUCCUCUCUGGCUCUUCAUGACGGUCUGGUGCGGUUGUCUGGAGAGAGACAGUGUGAGGGGGAGGUGGAAGUUUUCACCCAUCAGGUCUGGAGGAGAGUUCUGCUGGACUCCUGGAGUCUCUCUGAAUCCUCUGUGGUCUGCAGACAGCUAGGCUGUGGCUCUGUGCUGAACUUCUACAGCUCCUCUUCAUCCAGUCCUGAACACAGUCAUGAGUGUGUGACGGGCUUCCAGUGCUCUGGGAGUGAAGCUCAUCUGGGGAACUGCAGCUCUCCACAAACUCUCAACUGCAGCUCCACACAACAGCUGUCAAUCACCUGCAUCGGUCGGGGGUCCAUCAGGCUGGUGGGUUCUGGGGGAGACUGUGCAGGGAGGCUGGAGGUUUUUCACAGCGGCUCAUGGGGGACAGUGUGUGAUGACUCCUGGGAUAUUAAAGAUGCUCAUGUGGUGUGCAGACAGCUGCAGUGUGGAGUGGCCCUCAGUAACCAGCAGGUACCAGCCUGGUUUGGUCCUGGUUCUGGACACAUAUGGCUGGAUGAGGUGGAGUGUGAGGGGAAUGAGACGUCCCUGUGGAGCUGCUCUUCUUCAGGCUGGGGAAAACAUGACUGUCAACACAAGGAGGAUGUAGGAGUCAUGUGCUCAGGUAAACGGUACACUAGAGGAAAUAUUUAUCAAAGAUAAACUUAUUUUUUCAGA